AUGCCAAGAUGUGAGAUAUCGAAUAGGGUUGAUCAACCAAAACCAACUUCAUUAUUAAGACAAUCCUAUUUUAAUUUUAAAGAUUUAUUAAAAGUUGUUUAUUUUAAACAAAUUAAAUUUAAAUUUGUAAGAUUUGAAAUUGAUAACUCCUACUUUCUAUUUCCACUCAAUCCACAAGAUAAAUCUACUAGAUCCAGCAGUUACUAUCACGUAGAUAUAAUCACUGCCAAGUGCAUGAAGGAACCAUGUACUAAUUUCUCUGCCACUGAGCUCAACACUUAA